AAGAAACACGAUCAGAAGCUGUUUCACUAUAAAAAGAUUAAUCUCUUUUAAAUCUUCAAUUUGACUUUCUUUUCACACACAUUCUCUCUUUGCCUUCUCUCCCUUUUUCAUUGGUGACUUCAAACUCUUAACAAAACUGAAUGCGGCCCCUUUUACCACUGACUUUUCUCUCCCUCACCUUUAUUUUGCCCUUGAACAACCACUGAUGAUAGAAUCUUUUGUUGCUUUGCUUUUUUGUGUGGAAGUUAAAAAUAAUAACGAGAAGGGAAAAAAGAUGGUCAGAGAGAAGAUUCAGAUCAAAAAAAUCGACAACGUCACGGCGAGGCAGGUGACUUUCUCCAAGAGACGAAGAGGGCUUUUCAAAAAAGCCGAAGAGCUUUCUGUCCUUUGCGAUGCCGAUGUUGCUCUUAUAGUCUUCUCGGCUACUGGGAAACUCUUUGAAUAUACCAACUCAAGUGUUAAGGAAAUUAUAGAGAGGCAUCGCAUCCACUCGAAGAACCUUGAGAAAAUGGAAGCCCCAUCACUUGAGUUGCAGUUGGUGGAGAGCAACAACAUGGCCAGACUGAGCAAGGAGAUUGCAGAGAAAACUCAGCAGCUGAGGAAUUUAAGGGGAGAGGAGAUCCAUGGAUUAAACAUAGAAGAGCUGCAGCAGCUCGAAAAGACUCUUGAAGUUGGAUUGAGCCGUGUGAUUGAGAAAAAGGGUGAAAAGAUUAUGAAAGAGAUUGAUGAACUUGAAAGAAGGGGAAAGCAAUUGAUGGAAGAGAAUGAGCGUUUGAGGCAGCAAGUGGCGGGGAUCACCUCCGCGCAAAGACAAGCAGCGGCUGAUGAUUCCGACAACAUGCUCUGUGAGGAAGGCCAGUCUUCAGAGUCUGUAACCAACGGCAACUCAGGCCCCCCUCCACCCGACUCAGACAGCUCUGAUAUUUCUCUCAAGUUGGGCUUACCAUAUGCUGGUUAAAUGGGAAGCUCGGAGAAGUACUUA